AUGGAGCCCGAUGGUGCGCAGGCCACAAAUCAGCUGCCAAUAGAAUCUUUGUCUUCAUGCCUCAAUACUAUGUCACCAGUGCCACUAAACAAUCUCACCAGUGCUCCGGUGUUCGGAACAGUUACUCCAAAUCGCAUCUUUGUAGGAGGAAUUGAUUUGAAGACUAAUGAAAAUGAUCUGAGGACGUUUUUUACCCAGUAUGGAAGUGUGAAAGAAGUGAAGAUAGUAAAUGACAGAACUGGAGUAUCAAAGGGGUAUGGCUUUGUGACUUUUGAAACCCAAGACGAUGCACAGAAGAUUUUGCAGGAGGCUAAAAAACUUAAUUAUAAGGAUAAGAAAUUGAAUAUUGGUCCAGCAAUAAGAAAACAGAAAAUACGGAGUCCUCGUAUGUACUUUUACCAGCAUUUGUAUACUUGUUCUACUGUAAUAACAGAAGCUGGUACAAUGUACCUAACUACUUCAAGUGGAUAUCCUUACAUUUACCAUAAUGGAAUGGCUUAUUUUCAUACCUCUGAAGCUACUUCUUCUCCGCAGUCAUGGCCAUCACGCUCUGUUUCCAGUUCUCCUGUGAUGGUAGCCCAACCAGUGUAUCAGUCUCCUACAUACCAUUAUCAGGCACCAACGCAAUGUCUUGGAAGUCAGUGGCCGUGGCCUGUUGCACAGUCUCCUGUCUCUUCUUCAUUGGUGUAUGUGCAACCAUCUGAAGUAAUUUACCAGCCAAUAGGAGUUCCCCAGGAAAAUGGAUCUAUACCUCCUCCUCUCCUAGUGGAAGCUGCAGCUCCUGAGCUGUAUUCUGAUCUUGGAGUUCAAGCACUUCACCAGCCUCAUGCCCAGAGUGCUAUGGCCAUGCCUACACAUGGCCAAGGCCAUACAAACAAGAUAGUAUGA